GGAGCUGCUGCCCGCCACCACACACCUGGUUGACGGCCGCACACCGAGAUGCUGUUGAAGUUUGUGGUGGUGUGUGUGGUGGUGGGCGUGGUGACUCCCGCCCUCAAGAGUGAAUGGCCCUGUCCCGACUCGGCAGACAUUGUUCCAUGUUCAUGCACUGAUGACUCUUACCUCAAUUUGAAGCUCGACUGUUCGGGAGUUCAAGAUACCGACCAGUUAGUGAGAGCGUUUUCUACUCCCUUUCCCUUCCCGACCUUUUUGGAGUUCAUGAUUGAUCACUCAGCAAACCCCAACAAGAGUAAUCUAACCGUUCUCCCGCCUAACUUGUUCAAAGGGUUAACCUUUGAAAGAAUCAUCAUCAAAGGAACACAACUCUUCGACAUAGAAGAAAAUGUCUUCACCGAGUCAUACAAAACUUUGAAAUAUCUGAAUCUUGCAGACAAUAUGCUCCAAAAAUUUCCAUUCGAGACGCUCGAUGGUUACACAAUACUCUCUAACCUUGUCCUGGACAACAACCAUCUUCCUGCACUUCCAAGAAUAGUUUCUGAUUCGUUGGAAAUUCUCAGUGUAAGUGGGAACACGGAUAUGGAACUCUUGCCCGAUGUAUUCACCAAGACUUCGGUCUUAAGCAGGAUUAACAUGGCACGGAUUGGCCUCACCAACAUUAGACCAAACCUGUUUUUUAAUCUAAAUGAACCUGUUAUAAUUAACCUGGCGGACAACAAAAUAUCGUACCUGGACGAGUUUGCCAUCAACCCUCCCUCCAACACUCUCUUGCAGGUCAUCCUAGACGGGAACACCAUCAGCAACAUUCGUCAUGACUCAAUACAGGGUCUGGCCCCAAAUGCAUAUCUUAGUAUGAGCAAAAACCGAAUCACUGAAAUUACGGAGACUGUCUGGAGACACAUCUUUGACCAGAUACCAAACGGCUCUCUUGAUCUAUCAGUUAACCCUCUGCUGUGUGGUUGUGACGUGUACUGGAUCUUCCACUGCACAGAGCACACGUACCGCAAAACCUUCACUCCAACUACUACCUGCUACGACAACACACAAGUUCUUUACCUGGACUGUAACUUCUUCGAGGCAGAAUGCAACGUCCUUCAAUAGCAAAACGGCCCUUAGACUACACAAGCAAAAGAUAUAUCACCCCACGACAACAUAAGUAGGAUAUAUAUAUAAUUCCACGACAACAUAAGUAGGAUAUAUAUAUCACUCCACGACAACAUAAACAGGAUAUAUAUCACUCCAUGACAACAUAAGUAGGAUAUAUAUCACUCCACGACAACAUAAACAGGAUAUAUAUCACUCCACGACAACAUAAGUAGGAUAUAUAUCACUACAAGACAAUAUAAGCAGGAUAUAAGCAGCACGACAAAGGGUUGAAUUCCUUAUGCACCUAUAACUUACAAUGUUGAGGGACUCCAAUUAUGUUAACAAGUGCUUAUCAUACGAUUAAGUUUAUGGAUUGUAUUCUGUGAGGUGUUUCUAUAACAAAAGUUAAAUUAUUGUACUCUAUUAUAUGCUUUGUAUAACAUGUCACUGUAUUAUGCAAAUAAAUGAAAUAAAUUGUAUAUUACAACAA